AUGGCUGUCGGAAAGAACAAGCGCCUCUCGAAGGGUAAGAAGGGUAUUAAGAAAAAGGUCGUUGACCCUUUCUCUCGCAAGGAGUGGUAUGAUAUCAAGGCGCCUUCUAUCUUUGAAGUUCGCAACGUUGGCAAAACUCUCGUCAACCGGUCGCAGGGCCUAAAAAAUGCCAACGACUCUCUUAAGGGCCGUAUCAUUGAGGUGUCGUUGGGUGAUCUUAACAAGGAUGAGGAGCAGUCCUUCCGCAAAAUGCGUCUGCGAAUUGAUGAGGUCCAGGGCAAGAACUGCCUGACAAAUUUCCACGGCAUGGACUUCACAUCCGACAAACUCCGUUCCCUUGUCCGCAAGUGGCAGACCCUCAUCGAAGCCCACGUCGACGUCAAGACGACUGACGGCUACCUCCUCCGACUUUUCGCCAUCGGCUUCACCAAGCGACGCCCAUCGCAGGUGAAGAAGACCACAUACGCUCAGUCGAGUCAAAUACGAGAAAUCCGGAAAAAGAUGUUCGAGAUCAUGACGCGCGAGUCAGUCAACUGCGACUUGAAGGACUUGGUGCAAAAGUUCAUCCCGGAGGCGAUUGGGCGUGAGAUUGAGAAGGCGUCGAGAAGCAUUUACCCGCUUCAGAACGUAUACGUGCGCAAGGCGAAAAUCUUGAAGGCACCCAAGUUCGAUGUUAACAAGCUGAUGGAGCUCCACGGCGAGUCAACGGAUGAGACUGGUACGCGCAUUGCGAAAGACUUCAAGGAGCCGGAGAUUUUGGAGUCGGUGUAA